UAUCAAAAUGGGGGAUUUACAAGAACUUUAGAUUGCGGGAAAACUAACAGGUGCAGCGGUGUCUGAAAUUCCCUUUUAUUCAUAUAUGUGUGGGUGUUAUGGAAAAAGUGUUGGUUAUACCCUUUAUAAGGCAUACAGAUUAUCUACAUUUUUAUUGGUGCGUUUUCGAUUGAAUAAGGCUUUACAAUUAUUAACAGAGAACCUUUGAUAUUUUCUGUUUAUUUUUACCUUACAUAGUGAUAAGAAAAAAAUAAAACCUUGUAGUCUCAUUAGAGUGUAUUUUGUUGUGCGUUGAUUUAGUUUAAAUUGGAUAGUUUAGUUAUAUAGUGUACUCUAGUAAUGGUUGUUUGUCUGGUACCAAUAAUAAUUCUGUAUAGUAGACUUUACCUUAGAGCCGCUUUCUCAUAUUAGUAACCUUUAUAUUUGUUUAAUAGAUAAGCUGACAAGUGAAUGAAUACUAGUCUUUAAUUGAAUUUCAAGUGAAUACCACUCUUAACUGCAUAUCAGGGAAAUGCUCCUAAAGCAGAUUUUGACAAGACUUCUGAAGAGGUUCCUUUCCCAAGGCUGGCCUUCCUCCAAGCUUGAUUAACUAGAUUUCGCGGUCGCUUAGCUUCCUUUUCGGUGUCGAAAAAUCAAAUGAUGUGAGUUUACCCAUAAAAACCCAACUAUUCACAGCACUCGCACAGUCGAAACUUAAUUGGCAUAGUGUUAAUUGAGUUUUGGAGCACUUUUGGCUAACCGGUUUGACAGAGAAAAUUCCAAAACUUAAAAGAUAGCAAGCAGGCAUUUGGUUGAGUAUUCUAGUUUUGAGAACUAUGCCAAAAAUUGUAAAAUGAGUGAAUGGAAAUCGGGUGCCCUGAAGCAGUUGCAGCUCGAUCAUGGAUGACCGCGAAAAGGACGAGGAGAAGAAUCACUCGCAGACGAAUUCUGCAGAAGAUGUCGGCCACGAAGUCUCCGAAGAGGCUCUGCAGGAGCGGGAGCACCGCUCCAUAGUAUAUACCACUCCAGCGGGGGUAUCCAAGGGCACGGACACCAAGGAUGAUCCCCUGCCGCCGCGGAAGAAGAAGAUUCCACCAGCGGUGCCGGCGAAGAAACAUGCUGGCGAAACCGAUUCCCAGACGGAGGCUACGAGUGCCGAGAGUACGGCCAGUGCCCCCAGAUCCCAACCAUCUCUCAUCCGCUCUGCCAGCAGUGAAUUCCCCUCCAGCUCUUAUUCUUCCACCAGAGAGGAUAAGACUCGCCGAACGCGUUCCCUGGAUCGCGAGGGUUACUCCUCGGAAGACGAGGCGCCAAGGGUUGUGGAGUCUAGACCCAGGAAAUUCACUACUAGGCAUAUAGACUAUGAUACGGCUGAGGUCCUGAGGGAGGGAAAGCGCGCUAACAAGGAGCCGGAGAGCGAGUCCCAUCAAGAAGAAAGCACUUCUUUUCACUGGCGGCCUUCGGCCUCUUCGAUCAACAUCCAGGCUGUGGAAGGCUGCGUGGCCGGGCUAACGGGCUUCGUGGUGACCGCCUUGGCCAUGGGUCUCCUCAUCAUGAUAUCCUGGUUUAUCAUCUCCCAAAUGGAUUUCAUUCUAAAGGUGGUAACCUGGGUGGCCAUAUCCAUCGAGGAGUCCAUGCAAAUCUUCGAGCCACACAAGAAAAGCCUUCCAGUGGAAACCGAGCGAACCGACGAUUUUCCGGAAUGAACUCCUGAAAUGAAUUUCCCGAAAUGAUAUCUUCCGAAUGAGAUCCCCGACGUAUGGGUGCUAUAUGACUCACUCCCCACCGGCAAUCAUGUACGCCCUGCUGACAUUAUCUAGUCUUGUUUUUAGCUGCUUAAAGGUUGCCACUGGUCUUAUCUUCAGACCUUCUCCUUUUGCUGACUCAACCGACGUGGGGGUUUAUCUAAAUAGUUAUCACUGCUGCACUUGUUUUUGCUAUUGUCUCGCGUGCUAUUUUCAUUUAGCUUAAGAUAACAAGUAUUUUAUUUAAUGAGCUGAAUAAUCUCUCUUCCU